CUUGAGGAAGGAGAGGAUACCGUGCAAUGGAAACUAACCAAUGAUGGUAUGUACUCGGCUUCAUCAGCUUACUUGGCUUUGUUAGGUCCACGGCUGCUCUCAACAAGUGGUAAAUUGAUCGCCAAUACAAGGGCACCAUCCAGAGUUAAGUUCUUUAUGUGGCUGGCCACCAAAGAACGUUGCCUAACAGCAGAGAACUUGCAGCGAAGAGGCUGGCCGCAUGCAAAUACCUGUUCUCUAUGCGGACAACAGCAAGAGACGUCACGGCACAUUUUUCUCACCUGUCGCUACACGAAGCAGGUGUGGAGAAAGCUGAGAACCUGGAUCAAUGUCGAUGUUCCGAUACCUCAUGAUGAUGAUGAAGACUUGACGGCUUGGUGGUGCAGAGCACGGGCAGUUUUUCGGACGCGCUACAGGGCGGCAUUUGAUUCCCUCUGCCUGCUUACGACUUGGUGCGUGUGGAAAGAACGUAACGCUAGAACUUUCGACUAGGUGGCAUCGACCGUCGACAAGAUUUUCAAUGACAUCAGAUCAGAGGUCAUGAUCUGGAGGGAAGCCGGCAUUUUUAGGGAGGGAGAAGGAUAAGUUUUCUAGCGACUUUGCCCGUGGGGCGUUGACAUUUCGCUUCUGCUCACUAAGAGCGAAUUCAGAUUGUAAGGGCUAUGAUCACACUGCAUGAUGGUGGAUUUUGUUGUGGCCACCUGAAAGGCGAGAGCAUUGCAAUAGUCAAUCAACACAACUCCUUAUGUGCAAAAAUUUGGAAUUUUCAGAAGUGUACAUCUGAUGGUGAUGAAGACCUUGAUUGGAUAAGGCUUGGUAUGUUGCUUCAAGAAACUAGACUUAGGACCACGGAAGCACAAGAUCUUUACACUUCCCUGUUAUCUGGCCGUUUGAAAGGGAUGGACAUAUUAGACCACAGCUCUCUUCUAACAGUGAGGAAAAAGUUUGACAACGUGCUUUUAUUUGACUUUUACACGAAGACACAUUGGACAAAGGAAUAUACACAAGCACAUGAUUCAACAGAAGCCGUCUCAACGGUUAAAGGUGUGCAAGCUCCUGAAUGGCUUGAUGAAGAAUUUAAUUGGCGAUCACAUAGACCUUCAUGGAUUUUUGCGAGAUGCCUAACAGAUCCACCAAACACAUACAGAGGAUUUUCACAAUUUAUAAGACAUCUUAUACAACAUGAGGUUGACUUUUUGUCACCACAGCUGAUAAACGAAAUUUCUUGGCAAGAUCGGGAAAAAGGAGAAAAAGAAGUUGAUCUUGAGUGGCAUAUUAGGAAAGCAUGGCAUAAAGCUUUUCUGAAGCUGCAAAACUUUGUGAGGACUGCAAAGCUUAGUACCACAUCUGGGUACAUAAGCGCUUCUGGUUCAAAGGAUGACACAAUUCCAGUCCAUUGAAAUCUUAAAGUAAACUGAAAAUUUGUGAUAUACAAGGGUUAGUUACUACUAAGAAAAUGGUACACAAUACAAAGAUGCAAAAGGUCGAAGAGUAUAUUGAUAGAAACCAAAACCACUCCUAGUACUUACUGACUGACAAUUAGUCGUGCUCUUGUGCUGUAUAAGCUGCAUGUUUUCUAUUAUUGCUGGCGAUUUUUGUGCAUGCUUUUACCAACCAGUAGCUGAAUUAGUUCCAGGACUACUGUCACAAUAUUCCCUCUGGUCUGUGCGAGCCUGCGUGCCGCAGAACUGCUGAUUUUAUCAUGUGCACCGUACCUGUCUCUUGUGACAAGGGCUGGGCUAAAACUUCAACUCCAGAUGGAAGAUACAAACCGUAUUUUUGUUCAACUCUGCUUGUUCAUAAGAAAAAGACUGUUGUU